AUGAUUAUGUCAUAUCCGCCAGGCGGUCUCCCGUUCCUCCUACUCUUGGCCGCCUUCGUCCCAACAAAACAGGAUUUCUCCAAGCUACACCUACUCUCGAGCAUUAACCAGGAACCGUAUGCAAACCUUCAUCGUGGAUAUCCCAAGGACACUAUUGGAAAAUUAUUUCAUUCCUUUUCGAUUUCCGAGAUAGAGGCUGGAAAAUGGUCUCUAUCGUACGACUGCGGUAUGAACAAGGACUCCUGGGAUUAUGGGUCGGGCGCCUGCAGGCGGGCAUACUUGUCGUCAGUUGGCAUUUAUGUCACGUAUGAGUACUAUCCCAGAGACAUUUACCGUCGAAAUGAAAACGACGCCUUUUCGCGCUAUGGGAGGAGACAGCUACGCAGGCCGCAUCUUCGACUGGGCAAGUACAACAGCGAAGACCUAAAAGUGACCUCAUCUUUGCGCUAUGGCGAGCGGGCUGCCUUUCGGCUACCUGGAAUUUUGACUAGUGAGCGGGUCCGAAGAAUACACGAUAUCAUGCGUAAAUGCAGCGAGAGGAUCGGCCGUAGAAAACAUCCCGGUGGAUUUUUGGAAAUCGGCUGUGGAUUCGGCGACUUCCUUGGCAUUAUGUUUCUCGAGGGCGUACUCACCAUCGAGCAUGUUGUGGCCCCCGAUUACAGUCUCGAAGCCCUUUCUGGUAAGUCAUGCCUUAAAAGUCAUCUCCAUUGACCCCAUUUUCACGGACCAUAAUAUUCUGUAUCCCAGAGACUUGAAGUGUUGUAGGUAGCUUAUGUUUAUUUGCAAUCCGACGACAAAGGAUGAGGUUUAUGCUUAACAUAUGAAGGACGAGAGUGAUGGUGUGGUAACAGCAGUAGUAGAGCCGCCAACACUCUAGCACCCUCUACUAUAUAUAAAGGUGUCCGAAGCGAUGGAACGUAUCGCUUAGCGCAAAUGACAGGGUUCUCAUAAAUUAACCCCACGUAAGAAGAGCGACGAAGAAAACCGAUAUGUGAGUAACAUCAAACGGUGGAGCAUGAAAGCGAUGCGAGAAUUGACAGUCAGUGUUAUUCCCGUCUCGGUAAAACUAGCCAUAUUGUAAAGGGUGCAUGAAGAGAUUGUCAAAGGUUAGCUAGUCUGAUACCUCGUCAUAGAUUUACGCGAAGAAUCCGGCAGUGAACGCGAGAAGAAAGAGAGAUUGGAGUCGACCCUGGGUACUUCAUCCCCACGGCACUUCAAGGCACGCCCCCUGAUAGCAAAUAGGACGUGACUUGGAAGGAAGCCAACUGACCAUACAACCCAGGCCUUACAGGUGAUCCUAUGUGUUUGUGUUUGUGCGUGGGGAGACGACUGGAUGAACUGGAUGGAAAUGAGGCUUAAUGGCUCCUUCUUAAUGCGCCUUUAUGACACUCGCAUGCGCGCGAGAUCCGAGCCGCCCUUCCGCCUUGUGCGAAAUCUUGACGUGUUGUGUGUAGCACGCUCAGACCGGAUCUCUAACUCUAGUAGAUGGGUGCUCGCUGAUCUUAUUACAGAAAUCACUGGUUCAGUUGUGCCUUACGGGCUCUCUGUCGGUUCAAACCAGCAGCCGCACAGCGGCGUGUAAUAUAGGGACAAUAGCAUUACCGACAAUGACAAUGGAGACGAGAAUAGCCAUUUCUGACUUAUAAACCGUCGUCAGCCAGCCAUACGCAACUCCGAAGUUUGCGGAACCUGGGGCUUAGUUCUGCGACCUGUUUUUUAGAAGUUUAACGUCCUAACCAGGUGCUCCGCACCUCGGGGCUGGAUAUCGCUGCUUGACGACGGCUAAUAAGCCAGAAAUGGCCAUUCCAGUCUCCCUUUGUCAGUAAUGUUAUUCCCCCUAUAUCUGUUAACCACUGCACCCAAUCCUCGCAUCAGUUGACCAGCCACCCCGAACCGUGGGCUGGUGACUAGGAGGGGGAAGAGACAAUAAUGUCGACUCCGAGGACUUUAUCCUCAUAGCUCUCAGCACAUAUCCCUCAAGACAAAAUAUCUGAUGCUUUUUAAGUUAUUGCGGUGCGCUAGAAGCUGUGGCUUGAAAGACUGCCAACUGACUAAACAACUCAGUCUCUCUUUCAGGAUGGAGAGUCAGGAUGCAAUGCCCCCCGCUCCUUUAUUUAACCUCCUUCACACUCCCACUUCUCACAGCAGUUUAAGACUACAGCCACUACUCCUUGGACAUCGUCCGUAAAAACGGUCGGAGUUUAAGUAGCGAUGAUCUGCUGAGUACUCGCCGAUGGUAUCUAGGCUAUAACUGCUGCCGUUUGCUUUUACGCAGUUUCUGUCCCUCAGCCAAAGUGUGUGUGUGUUAUUGUAGCUACUUUUGCUAAUUCUAUCUCCGGUCCCCAGUGCUUCGUUACGUAUAACGUGAUUGCAAGGAAACAGAGGGGCCAGUUGGUCAUAAAUGGUGUAGCGAACGAACUUCGGUUUCCGACUUGAGGAAGCUUCAGAUUCCUCGUUGUGUUGUUCUAGAUUUGUGUGAGUCAGUGCAUUUGGAGUGCCAGGCUGGCUCGCUUUAAAAGCACACUUUGCGUCUCCAUUCGUUUAUCGGAAGGACAGAACUACAAAUCGACACUCAGGAAAGUAGGCAUGUCACCAGUUGUUAAAAUUAUUUAAUCAAUGAUGUUGCUUGGGCUAGAAUAAUAAUAUUGAGCCAUGGACAUGCCAUCAAUCCACGACGUACCUCUAAACUUCUUUCACUCUUCGUCUAUGGCUAACACAGGCGAGGAGGUGAGUUCCAGGAAGUAGUCGCGAUGAAGGAGACACGAUCACUGGAACAAGAGCUUUAUUAGCCCGACGUUUCCGAUUCCUCCUCGAAUCCAUCACUAGAGACAGAGUCAGAUAGGGGUGACUAAUUGCCCAGGUGUUGCAGUAUUUAUAGAAUGUAGUUGCUAAGCCGCUACAUGCCUAUCGCAGUCGGCAGUUCCCGAGUGAAUCACAGCUCGACAGGUUAGGUGUUUAAGUAUGCAGUUGCCGUACAGUUGAUAUGUGCUUGAGAGCCUGUCAGGAUUAUCGAUUUCCACGCUCAGCGUACGCAGUUGAGGUGCCGACGGCCAGAUUUCGCCAUCUGCGUGGAAUCUUGGGCAAUGUGGCUCGCCGAUAUUGACACCAGGAACAGCAAUCAUCCGUACGCUGUCCUCGCGGCUAAUUACGUUGCCUAGACAAAGUCUCAGAGCCGAAUAUGGAGCGGGGAUGUCAUUGCGCUUGUUGGUUGACUGCGGACCGGAAAACCAUGACUCGAGCAGUUCGCGGCUCAAGCAGUUGUCACCUCUAGCAAUAAUUUAUACUUCAUCAAACUUAAAUGCAUGGUUGGCUCCUAUCGAGUGAACUGCGACUUGGGGGCUGGCCUCUUUCCUCCGCACUGUUGCUGCGUGCUCGUCCAUCCGGCGUCCGCAGCAGUCUUCCGGUUUCUCCACAGACCUACAUUCUGAGCUCGGUACGUGGAUGAUAUCGUCGUCAUCAUCGAACGGGAUCGGGUGCUAGAAUUCAAAGAACAUCUCACUACCAUCUUCUCGGACAUCCAACUUAGGAUGGAGGAAGGGGGAAACAACCACUUGGCCUUUCUUGAUGUCCUCGUCUGCCGCAAAGAUUGUGGUAUUUAGUAAGAAGGCAAACACGACGCAAGCACUGAGCUACAACAGCAACCAUCCAAUUAGUCGCAAACGCAGUUGCGUAAAGAUACUAUACCCGCGUGUGGAGACACAUUGCAGUGAACUAGAAGAUAAGGUAUUCAAAGCCAUCAUGCCAACAGCCUCGCUUGGGCCUGAGACCGAUCAACGCAGCUUCUUUUCCUGUUAAUUAGAGGCGGACACUUUUUAGACAGAACCGAGGUACAUAUAGCACACCAGCAAGAUACCGCUUGUGGCAACUGCUUACAGAACCUCCCGAAAAAAACAUUCUCUAGAUAAAAAAGCGGAUUCAACCCAGUCUGACUUCCAUGACUUCUGAUUAGGGAAUCUGAGUAUUAUUCACGGUAGGGAAAUUUCGUGUCAGAUUAUCAAUAAUGACAACGCUCCUUCGAUCUCGUAGCGCCAACUAUGGUAUAAAAACAAGUAAGACAUGUAGAUUGGUGGCAUUAGCCGAUCAAUGAUCGCUGACGCAGGUCUAUAUGUGACUGCACAGGGCCCAGUUUGCCGGCGCCAGAUCGAUAUAUUGAUGACCAAUCACCUGCCGGCACAGAAAGACCUGUUCAGGCACCCUCAGACCUGUGUAACUGACCCCCUGGCUAGCUAAUAUGCACUAGAACUGUCGCUUGUUUGGUUGAUACUCUUAUUUCUGAGGAUGGAUUACUGCAAGAGUUUAAGAGUUCGGUAAAAGAACAAAUGGGUCCGUUGAUCGGUCAGCCUUUUCGUCAUUAUACAUACACCCGGAAUUCGAACGUACGCUUACAUUCGUAAGAAAUAAAGGCAAGAUGUGGCUAUAUAACCCCACCUGAUGGACACAAUACUGAUCGGGUUGGGGUUAGGGUUAGAGCUGAGAGUUAGGGCAACUAUUUCUUAGCCACCCAAAGUACAACUGCACAGUCCCAAUAGCUUUUCUUUUGCAUACAACUACCUGACCUCGUCGCCUGUGUGUUCCCCUGUCCCAACUUUAAUAAGUCCUAUUGCUACUAGUCCCGUAUUAAAGGUAAUUGGGGUUUGCUUGCUUCCAUUUGGGCUACAUAAAAACAUCCGACGAAAAUAAGUCAUUAAUGGUAACUCCGGUUUUUAGGAGAAUGCUGACCAACUGGAACUUAAGGACCACUGAAAUGAAAUAAAGAGAGAGGCUUUGCCAGUUCGGUCAUAAGCUUUCCUAACCGCACAUUUGGAACACAUAUUCGGAUUCUUUGAUUCCUACUUAACAAUGUAGACUGAGGUGUUUAAGGUUAUUGAGCAGACACGGUGUCUGGCUUCUGUUUAUUGUCAUUUCUGCUUAUUCGACAAAGAUGGAGCGAUAUAAGUAGGACAGAACCCCGUCUUCGGGAAUUACGUGGCGGUAACUUCGUUUUUUAUCCUUAAUUGAGACAAAAUGUUGAAGAUUAUUAGUUGCUUUCUUUUAGCGGACACACAAGUUCUUUGGUGUCAUUUAGCAAGCUGUGCUCUUAUGAAUCCCGUGCUUUGCGUCUCUGCUCCCUGCACGCGCAUCCCUACCCUGUGAACUCACAGAAUGCAUGACCGAUCUCAUGAAAUGUUGUCCAAAAUUCUGGAAUGUGUUUUCAAAUAGGAAGGAUUACCUAAAUUGCGUUGUAUUACUGAUUAUCAUGCAGCACAGUUCUAUAGCAUUUCGGUCUCGCCGGGAUGUCGGCUUUUGAAUUCACUUCAUUUUGACCUUCUAUAGAAAUCACAUUCGGUAAAAAAUGACUACUUAAAUAGCAUGCAUUUUUCCUACCGAUUUUCGGUAGUCUUAUAAAUUUAAAUACAUUUUAUAGAAACCAUGCACAAAAUAUGCUAUAUUUUGCUCGUUUGGUAAAAGCAUCACAUUAUCUUCGUAUUUUAUGUCUGAAAAGUGUGUAUUCAGGUUUUGAGGAAGGUUCCCAAUUCCCGAAUAAUUUUAUGCCUGCUCUACCAUUGCAUUAGCUUUUAACGAUAUCAGUCUACAAGGUGCAUGGUUUCCGCAUAUAAAAAAUCAUAUAUUCCUCUAUGCUUUUAAGAAGAUUCCAGGCAGAGUUCAAAAAAAUUUGCAAUGGAUCCGGACUGCGUUGUACAUUUCAUGAAUAGCACUAGUAAACGGGCAUGUGCGACCCUUUAUGCAUGCACAUUGCACGAUCUUAAGAACCUCACAACUAAAAUUUUUUGAAAACUUAAUACACUUAACGAAUAUAAAAUAUGAAGACAAUGUGAUUUUCUACCAAGAGAACAUUAUGAAGCAUAUUUUUGUGCAUGUUUUCUAAAAAAUAUACUUGAAUUUAUAUGGCUAUCGAAAAUCAGUAGGGAAGAUGCAUGCUAAUUAUGUAGUCAUUUUUUACCGAGUGCGCUUCCCGCAGGAGGUCAAAAAGGAGUGCAUCCGGAAGCCGACAUCAUGGUUAGUCCAAAAUGCUAUAAGAUUAUGCUGAAGGCUAAUCAAUAUUACAACCCCACCCAAGUAAUCCUUCCUAAUCGAAUAAACAUUUCAGAAUUUCGGCUAACAUUUCAUGAGAUCGGUCGCGCACAGUAGCCGACGGUUGUUUUCUGAAACACCUGCCUCCUUAUUUCUUCCUUAUUCUACGCAAUAAAUUACUAUGGCCCGUUUCUUUGAAUUGCCUUCGUUGGACACUCGUCAUCCAUUAAUUUUUGCCAGGCGUCUUUGAAUGUGCUCCAAUAGUCCGUCAUGUCUGCCCUCAACAGAUCCUUCCCAAAACGUGCUUUGACAGUCACCUGCGUCUGCUAGAAAACCGGAAGUUUCUCAGUUCACGCAUUCCUUUGCCGCUGGCCCUUCCGCUUUCUUGCUCGACAGACAGCAGGAAUUAGAGUUAGUAGAAUUUCAGAAACCCCUGCCCGAAUUCUGCAGCUGUGACUAUCGCAGAAGCUUAAGCCAUGACAAGACCCUGUCCACCACGACUUUCAGGACUGGUACUGACCGGGCAGAACAGAAGUUGGGAGGAUAGUGUAUUCUGUACAGAAGAACCAGAGCAGAGAUUGACGUGAGUUGGCAGCCGGACUAGGGUACGUCCAGUGUCGAAAGAGCGGCGUCCCGAGUGGCUCAGUAUGCCGUUGUCGCAAGCUGUCUCCUUCCAGGCGUGUAUAUGUGUUUACGCCUCAUGGUUUAAAUUGCGUUUGCCCGUAGCAAAUCAGUGAAGAAGCUGUGUCGAUUGGUUUCAAGCCCAUGCGAGGCCAAUGUCAAAUUUCGCAUAGUCAUAGCGACGAAACGACCGGGAAUGCAAGGCGGAGAGAAGGACAGUGUCAACAAAGCUAAGGGAGACUUGGGUAAUCAUGUCUGGCUCAUUAACCGUCGUCAGCCAUCCAUGCAAAACAUUUUCAAGGAAGUUGAUUGCACUCGCUGGACGUUUUCGUUUUUAAAAACGUUUCUUUUAGGAUAUCAGGGAUAAUCCCUGAAAUUUGGUCUUUUAUUGGUUAGUCUAUUUCCCCCCCUCCCCCCUCCUCCCCCCUCUUCUUUUUCUUCUUCUUCUUCUUCAUCCGCAUGACCUGCGUCUGAGCAGCUGACCCCCCUCCCCAUUUGACUUCCUUGCUGUUCUCUAUAUCGAUUAUCAAGGUUUACACCACUUUGGUAAAGUCCUCCUGCAACGGUCAUUUUGGCUACCGAAUAAGGUGUGCUUACCGUUUUAAUCCUCUCGGUUGUGCUCUUUUGAACUUCACUUUGCAGCAUCUUUGCCUGAUUAACGAAAUCCCUGCAGGUAGAUCACAUCAGCUUUCGAAUUCAGAAGCCAGUAUAGAUAUGCUGAUGAGGUUUUCAAGACUUAUUCUCGCAGCAUCGUCUGAUGUGGAGGGUGACUGUCGGGCUCCUGGGCGUGGAUUAGAUAAUUAAUCACAGUUCCUCUGAGUCUGCAGAUAAAGUGCAGACUUAAGACUAAGCUCUCCGCGGUCUUGCUCAACUGUUUCCUAUGAUGCCGUACACUACCCCUGUGCGGGCUCAUUUAAGUGUGGACUGGACGCGUAUCACGCUUUCCAAUCACCAUCCAGACACACAAUCACACGGCCAGCUACCUAACAUACAUGUGUUUAUGCUACUUGAAAGGGGUGAGUAGGCAUUCAUGUUUACACGUUUUACUGGCAGACAGUUGUCUGCCUUUCGCGUGCGAUUGUGCUAGCAAUCUCUCUCUCUCUCUCGCUCUCUCUCUCUCUCUCUCUCUCUCUCUCUCUCAACUUUCCAUUUAUCGAUGCUUUUCAUCGAACAAUUUCUAGCCAAUAGGGAAUUUAAAGGCAUUCGCCCAUCUUUACCUUAGUAAAAGUGGACUGAACUGAAAUUGCUAAGGCGAAGUGCCCAUUUGUGUGGGGGAUCGAAGUGCACGGCAUUCUUAACACUACGUUGUCCUUCCUGACCGCCCAAAUGAACUGCGAUUGAAACCGUGAAACGCUUUAGGAUGAGGGCAAAUAGGGUUAAGGGAACUUCUUUCAAAUUCAAGAGUUCUGCUUGCGGACCAUUUAAGUAACGAUUCAACCCACACUGGUGGCUUUCGAACAACUACGGUUGAUUUUUCAGAUCGGGGUAACUGGAAUAUCCGCUAAGCUUCUUUGCGAAAAGCGUUAACAGGGUAUCCAAACCGUGGAGUGAAUCUGCUUAGCCGAUGAUGAACAAGAGGCCAGAGACUGUCAUUCUAGUCCCUUCCUCGUCAACAUCCUUUCCACCCUGCCUGCGAGGGCUCCAGACUAAGGCCCAAGACGCAAGGGGCAGGCACGUUCCGUAACCUGAUAUGUGAGACCAUUUAUCAGGCUCCAUCCUCUUAAACCAGCUUAUUGAGGCCGGAAGAAAAGAAACGUGUGAUGAAUUAACCAGCAUCAGAAUCCAGUGUUGAAGCCAAAAAUAAAACACGAUAGGCAGAACAAUGUGAUUCUCUCUAGCCCUGACGCCAGAAUUGGAGGAAAUUACAUUAAAAAUGCAAUGACAAAGAAUAGAGAAUUCAGAAUUUCUGAUCUAGUCUUGCUACCGGACCAGGUAGUUGAGGAAGAAGAGAGUCUAAAAGAUGCAGCCCAAGUCUGCUUCCCCUAUACUGCUCUACAUCCGCCACACUCAAGACACACGGUGAACAUGGUCGUUGGCGACGGCCGUAAAGAUCGCACCGGUUUGUCGACCUUUAACAUCCAGUCAUUAAUCUCUGCAAGGGUCACGACGGCAGUCGGUACUUGAGAAUUCUGUACUUAUGUAACACAGUUUUUUACCAGUAUUACUAGGUCUAGUCAUAAAAAUGAUCGCGAGUUUCCAAUUUCUCCAUAAACCGUCAGUAAAUAAGGCCUCUUUUCCCUUGUUUAUAGCAAUGUUCUGGUAUUACUACUGCAAAUUUGCUUGGCCCAGUGGCGCAAAGUUGAAUGGUUCUCGGGCGCUGCUGUAUACGCACCCAGUCUGCCCCAAUGCCUGCACACAUCUGACCAAUCCAUGUAACCGGAUGGACAACGUCAUUCGUCUCAGUCCGUCAACUCUUAUGGAUCCAGAUCUGGCUGAGCGAUAUAUCCACUCAGAAGGCCUCAAAAUUUGCCAGCCGACUGAAACUGGUGUCUAUAGCCACAAUUAUCGCUGCGUCUGCCAAAAUGUGAGUUUACUGUAGGUUUUUGGUGCACUUUCGAAAAUCACGGGAAAAUUUCUGCUGAGAAGUGUGUACAGCGGGCAGGCUAACUGAUGAAAUGUGCCCAAAAUUGCGACACAUUGUUAAUCAUUCAGAAACCUGCAGAACUAUAUCGAUCAAAACUCCCAUUUAAUUGGGAACAAAGGAAGAAAUGGGAAGGAAAUUUCCAGGUGGCUGAGACGUAGACAGUUGGAUUGUCGAUCCCGACGAUGUCCGCACAAAACAGAAUGGGCACAGGGACGAUUUCUUGCCCGUAAAUUAGUUAAUAGUAGAGUUGCACUGCAUUUACUGCACUCUCCCAUCCUCUCUCAUCUGGACUGGGUGCCAUGGCGGACUCAAGAAGACAAGAGGCGGGAGGGGGCUCAGGUAGCUGUCUCGUCUUGAAUUUGCUCCUAGGCGUACUACCAUACCCCCUGGUCUGUACGCAAAAGACCAGAAUUUCACCAAAUAAGAAAAGAAGUCACCCCAGAGCCUAGGUGCGGCGAGUAAAUAAGCGUGGACAAUGUGGACGGAAAGAAGUCACCCCAGUGUGUUGAUGAGGCGUGGAUGUGUCCGAGGAGGUCGAGGAGGACGACCGCUACUUUGACUGUAAAAUACCGUUUUGCGCAGCAGCUACAGCACUCUCUACUUUCUCACAAACCUUCAUCAGAUGGCAAAGCAAUGUCAGGACCGCUAGAGGUGGACGUGAACGCAGUGACUGGCAGUCCGAACUGCCGCCUACGCGUCUCACACACGAUUUUCUAUCCACCACGUGAGCCAGAAUUCCACAAGGAUGGCUCGUACCUCACUUGCGGAGGGAGUGCCAUAGAGGCCGCAUUUAGGAGGAGCUGUUGAGCCUGACCGUUGGUCUUGGGAAGAGGCAAGUUGCCCCGUCAUUUGGCAGUCUUCCAGGUCACGACUCAUAGCGCGUCGUGAUAGACUUAAACACGUCAAACGCAUUAUAGUGAGAAAUGCAUUCAAGUGCCAUGUGGAUGGCAUUGUCCAGCGCCAGCCUCUCUCCAAUUCUCUCAUGCACUAGUCGAUUGUCUGAACCGAUCAAUCAAUGGGUGAUGGGAUUGGACGCAGAGGUUGAUGCGGCGUGCCAGCUUAGCCCGAUAAGCGCGUGUCAGCCAUUAGCAUCAGGCAAAAAGCCAAUUUACAGGUGCCACAAGCGCUCCUUGGUAGAACUCGAAAGUGUAAAUCACUUUGUACUCGAAGAAUAACACGUUCCGAUGUACGAACGAAGUGCAAGACAGGUAUUAGCAUAGGGAAUUGCCGGAAUAGUUUGCAGCGUCCGCUUAAGCUAAUGAGCAGUUUGCUUGAUGACAUUACGUGGACACAUUUUCGGCACAAGAAAAGGACAAUUACUCGAAGGGGCUGAACGAGUGAGUAAAAUGCGCGACGUUUUAAGCUGUCUGAAAGUUCUAAUCUCAGUUACCGUCAUCGAAUUUCAUGAGUCAGCUCAUUCGUUGUAUGUCCCGUCUGCCAUGAGUCGUGACUAGACAACGCAGGAUCCCAAGCGAGCUCUCACAAUCAGCAUUAUGAUCUUGUAUCCAGGAGAGUCCUGUGGUCCCUCUUCAUCUACGUCUUGGUCCGCGUGUACUUCCCGUGGUGUAUAAAGGUAAAAGGGCAAACAGGCAUUUGAUUUAAGACAGCGUCAGGCUAACCAGUCCUCAUAAACUAAUAUAAGAUCAUGUUAGAUAAAGAGGAAUGCAGUCUGUUAAUAAGUUUCACUAGUCGACUUCAACACGUGAGACCUAAGUGCUCAUGAAAAAGUCUGUUAUUUUCAACCGCUGACAGUAUUUAGAUGGCCCAUGGCCAGCUUUGAAAUCCUGCCCUGCUGACUGUGACUUCGCUGAUGGUGUGAAAUUCCAUGACACAGCCGGUACCAUCAGACCUUCCGCUAGAUAAUGCCUACUGCUGGGUGGGCUUGGAAAGUUGGACGUUUGCAAUUUCUCAUAACUCAGCUGGCGGCGUUCCUUGGGAUGAAAAUAAAGAACCCGACGCUGCAAAAUUGGGUCUUUAAAUAACUCUCAAUUUUUAAGUCAUCUUUUCUCUAAAAUUUACUAAUCUGAUAAAGUGAUCAAAUAGGGUGACCACGAAAUUUGACGUGAAGUCUCAGUUGAUCGAGGUAGCUUGCAGAUAUGCACAUAAAGUGUGCUAACUCAUGAAAUCUCAACAGAAAUUCCGAAAUCUGUUUCCGUUUCGAAAAGAUUAAUUAAGUAGGGCUGUAAAACCAAUCCUCAUGCAGCGUAAUUCCAUAGUUAUUCAGUUACCUCAGAAUGUCGGUUUUCGAACGAAUUUCUUUCCGGCUGCAUCUAAAAACCAUACUCUACAAGAACUGACUACUUAAUAAGCAUGACUUUUUUUACUGAUUUUCGAUGCCCUUAAAGAUUUAAUUCUAUUUCAUAGAAAAAAUGCAUACAUAUAUUCGUUCCUUUGCUCAUUUAGGAGAAUAUUACGUCUUCUUUCAAUUUUACACUCAAAGAAAGGUUAAAAUUUGGUUUUAUAAAAUGUUCCAAUCCCCGAAUAAUUUUGAACUCGACCUGCCGUUACACUUGCAUUCAGGGUUCCCGAACUACAACCUGUAUAAUUUACGCAUACGGAUAAACAUAGAUUCCUCUACCGUGUUAAGAGGAGACAUAUGGGGUUCAUAAAAUUAAGCAGUGGAUUUGAGCCACAUUGUUAAUUUUACAAGCCACAUUAGUAAAUGUAGAGACAUGACGUUUUAUGAAGCGUCAUUUCCCAGUACUAAAAAAUCUCACAAUUAAAAACUUCUUAAAAGCCGAAUGAUACCCUUCCUUUGAGGGUAAAAUUGAAAGAAGAAACAAUUUUCUACCGAAUGAACAGAAGAAUGAAUAUUUGUAUGCAUGUUUUUCAUGAAAUACAACUGAAUCUUUAAGGGCAUCAAAAAUCAGUGAAAAAAUGCAUGCUUAGAAAGUAGUCACUUAUCACGGAGUAUGGUUUUUGGAUGGUGCCGGACAGAAGUUUGUUCGAAAGCUGGCGUCCUUUGGUAACUGAAUUAUUAUAGAAUUGUACUGUACGAUGAUUAGUUUUACAAACCUACUUAAUUUAUCUUUUCGAAACGAAAACGCAUUUCGGCUUUUUUGUUGAGAUUUCGUGAGUAAGACUACCUGCUGCGUAUUGCCGACUCUUCUCGUUUCCCCAGUCUGCCCUUGUCACGAGUAAGCAGCGAAUUCGUGUACUUACGGAUGAGAUAAUUGUCGUGUAUUAUGCUUUGCUCGUUUCAGGGUUACGAGUGGUCCUCGGUGGCGAUGAGUUGCCUGCUCAUCGAUGGCUGCAAAGAUCCGGAAAGUGGUCAGCCCAGAUGUUCACGAAAGGGUACGCGACGCUGUAUCUCCUUGUCCGCUAAUCUUGCCAGGGAGGAUCUCGAUCUGCCGACGGCCGGCCUAAGUCUUCCCUACGCCUGCGUCUGCUAUCCGGGCUACAUGGGCUAUCGCUGCGAGAACCCCCGAGAUGCCUGUGUGGAGGCACGUAAGACUUGA